AUGUUGACCGCAUCUGCCGCGCUCACGCUGCUCUUCCACGGCGUCGCACGAGCACAGUCGUCCGUGAGCUCCGCGACGGCUCCUGGAGGCGUCGUGAGCACCGCGGUGCCUACUAUCACGCUCUCCACCGCGGUACCCAGCCCAACUGCGCCCCUCAGCUCCCCGCUCCCAUCCCAGGUGGCCUUGCCCCCCAAGCAAGCUUGGUGCCCUUCUGAUAUCUUCUGUGCUGGGCCGUUGCUGCAAACGGUCAAUGUCGCCCACUUAUUCCCUGAUGACAAGACUUUUGUCGACAAACCCACGAGCAAAGACGCCCAGGCGGUGCUUGCCGACUUUGAAAAUAUCGCGAAUGGGACUACGUUCCAGCAGAUUGUCGACUUUGUCGAUGCGGACUUUACGGGCGAGGGGCUCGAGCUCGAGGCGCUCGCGCUGCCGGGCUUCACCCCGGACCCGCCGUUCCUCGCCAACGUCACCGCGUCGCUCCCCAAGGCGUUCGCGCAGACCGUGCAUGGAUUCUGGACGCAGCUCGUGCGCGGCACGAACGAGUCGACGCUCUGUGGGUCGAGUGGGAAGUGCGAGAGCACGUUGAUCCCGCUCAACCAUACGUUUGUGGUUCCUGGUGGUCGGUUCAGGGAGAUUUAUUACUGGGAUAGUUUCUGGAUUGUUGAGGGAUUGAUCGAGUCGCAGCUGUUCAGCAUCGUCAAUGAUACCCUGCAAAACUUUAUGGACCAGCUUGAUACCUUCGGCUUCAUCCCGAAUGGAGGACGCAUCUAUUACCUGAACAGAUCGCAGCCUCCUCUGUUCAUCCAGAUGUUGGCGCGUUAUGUCCAAACCAGCGGAGACAGAAAUAUCCUGAAGCGUGCACUUCCUUUGGCAGAGAAAGAGUUGAAAUGGUGGAGCGACAACCGCUCGCUCCAAAUCACUAGCCCAUUCACAAAUCAGACUCACACGGUCUACCACUACGCUGUGAACAACAGUGCUCCGCGUCCUGAAUCUUAUCUGACGGAUUACACGACUGCCAAUGACCCAAGUGUCACCCCUGCCCUCAACGACACGGAAAAGGCCGCGCUGUACGCCGAACUUGCGAGUGGUGCGGAGACUGGAUGGGAUUAUACCAUGCGAUGGUAUUCCACGCCCAACGCCACGAACGGCCUGAGGAGCUUGAACGUCAGGAAUACAAUUGGAGUCGACUUGAACAGUAUCCUCUAUAGGAACCAUGUACUUCUUGCUGGCUUGUAUGGAUCUUCUAACCAGACAGCGGCUAGCAGGCAUACCGCCGCAGCUGCGUCUUUGAAGACAGCAAUCCUCGAUCUCUUCUGGGACUCUGACAAGGUCGCCUUCUAUGAUUUCAUUCGAAACACCAAUAGCAGGAGCACUGUGUUCAGCGCCGCUGCGUUCUAUCCGUUCUGGGCUGGCAUUGUUCCACCGGAAGUCGCGAAGAGCGAGCAGACUGCGUUUUCGGUGUUUUCGUCGGUCAAUAUGGUUCUGAAUCGGUAUAAUGGAACGUUCCCGACGACAUUUGUUGACACCGGACUCCAAUGGGAUGCACCCAACGCAUGGCCGCCACACCAAUACAUCAUCAUCCAAGCACUCCGCUCGAUACCCGCGAACGUGUCAAAGGGAGCUCUGCCCACACCGUCAUCCGGCCAGUCGACGUUCGACUUGAUCCCAGCUGGCCAGCUCGGGCUCGACGAGGCGCAGCUCCCUGGCCAGCCUGUCCACGGUGGAACGACGAUCGUGAAUUCUACGACGACGGGUCCUUCUGCGGAUUUGAAUAAGGGCAAUGGGACGGUCUUUAAUGGUGGGAAUGCGACGGAUGGAGAGGGGUGGUCGCAGGCUCUCCAGAGGCAGUUGGCGAAUAGGCAUGCGACGGGAGGAGAAAUCCCUGGGAUUCUUCCUAGGCUGUCUGACCAGGAGCUCAAUGUGACUUUGAGCAUCGGUAAUACGGGCAAUAUGUUUGAAAAGUUUUCCAAUGUGGACAUUGACUCUGCCGGACGCGGUGGAGAGUAUACUGUUCAGGCUGGGUUCGGAUGGACGAAUGGAGUGCUGCUUUGGGUGGCGAGCAAUUAUGGAGGUGUGAUUGAGGCGCCUCAGUGCCCUAACUUGUUGGAUUCGCCCGAGGCCCAUGGCACCUUGCCCGGCGGCGGCUCGAAUGGAAAAUCGGCAGCUGUGUCGCUGCGCGGUGCAAGCAAGGAGCUUGUAACUUUGUAUCUCGUACUGGGCGCCAUCGCUAUGCGCAUGUUGUUGUAA